UAUGUAGGAAAUUAUUAUUACAACACUCUUGAAAUUUAAUGAAAUCUUAGAUGCUUUCUAACAAAUUUUCAAAAUUCAUAAUUACAAUUCAGAUCAUCAAAGAGAAAUUCUAGAAAAAUGUCUCGAUAAAGAAUAUAUUAGCAGUUGCAUUUAUAUCACUGUUAAUAGUAAUAAUCAAUUCUUUCCAAAUUAUAAAGAUCUAGAAGAAAUUGAACUCAAAUUUUCACGUGAUAAAUUUUUACAAGAGAAUAAUCUUAUAGGUCAUUUAAAUCUUUAUCAUUAGAAUUAAUUGAAACCAAUGUUUAAAAUGAAACUAAAGAAGUUAAAAAAUAAAUAGACUAACUUAUCUUUAAUUAAAGUGAAAAACUCAAUGAUUUCAAAUCCUAUGUUUCAGACAUCUUUUUAACUAAAAAUGAUAUUCGUUCAUUCAAAAAUAAUUCUGAAGAAAGAAUUAAUAAACUUUAAGAUUAAAUUCAACAAUUCUAAACUAAAUAUGCACUCAAACUAUUUACAGAAUAACAUAUUGUAUUUUUUUUUUAUUUUUAUUUUUAGAUUGAUAUCAAACAAGCUAUCUCUUAAAUUUAACAAGCAAAUAUUCUUAUUAAAUAAGAUUCCUAAACCUUACAUAAACUUAAUCGUGAUAAUAGAUCAAUGAUUAAAUAAUAAAACGAAUAAUUGAUUUCUAAAAUUGAAAAUGUGGAAAAAGAACAAUAUAGAAUUUAUGAAUUUGAAAAAGAAGUUGAAAAAAUGAAAAAUAUAAUAUAAGAAUAUAAAAGUGGUAAAAUAUUAUAAUUAAUAACUAUUUUAGAAAUUGAAAUUAUGCAAAAUAAAGUAAAAUCAUUAUCUUAACUAUUUUAAGAUUUAGAAGUUAAUAAUUCUAAAGUUGUUAAAUUUGAAAUACACACUGCAUUUAAAAAAGUUGAAGAGGAAUUGAAUUAUUUUAAAAAUCGGCAAUAAAGCUUUUAAGAUUAAUUAUAAGUGAUAAAGGAAUAAUUUUAGAAAUCUGAAACCUCUCAAAGUUAAUUUUAAAAUUUAGUUAAUGAAUAGUUUGAUUUAAUAUCUGCUGAAUUAGUUAAAAAGAAGUAACUAAUUAAGUCUAUGCUAAAAAAUAUUGCAUUACUUUAGCAAUUGUAAAUAUAUUAUCAAAUAUAAAAAGGGAAAAAAAUUAAGUUCAAUCUGAUUUACCAAAUAAAGUUGCACUAUUAUUAAAUAAAGUUUAAUUUUUAGAGAAAUAAUCGAAAAUAGCUUUUGAUCAAUUGAAGAGAAUAAUUGAUGUUAUUUAAGAAUUUUGUGAAACUUCUUAAAUCCCAUCUGAUAGUAAAGAAAAAGAUCUAACAAACUUAAUUCUUUUAUUAGAUAGAAGGAUAUUAGAAUAUGGGAAAUCAAUAUAAGAUCAGUAAGUUCAGUCAAUACAAAGCAAUACAAUUAAAUUAAAUACUCCUAGAAUUUCUACAUCUGUAGAUUCUCCAUUCAAAAUAGGUGUUUAAAAACAGAAAAAGACUAAAUUUAAUAAAUUGCUUAAUAAGACAGUAUAUUAUGAUAGUAGAAGAGAAACUAUUUUUUGA